CACAGUCACAGGUUCUACAGAGGCGGAUCGGCUGCCGAUCAACCUGCAGAUGGAUUUCGGGGAAAAGAGUCGCGUGAUGGAGGUGCUCAACAAGGCGUUCGCGGGCUCCGUCGUCGACAAGAGGGUCGCCGCAGCCGCAAUCAGGGAGUUCCAAGGUAUCCUUGACGAGCUGUACAAGCAGCCGCCGCGCUGGGAGCUUGUGACGAUGCGGCGCUCCGAGGUGGACAACAUGCGGGAGGUGAUACGCUACCAGGACGAGAAGAUCAGGAGCAUCACCGACAAAGUGAACUCCCUGGGUCUUAACGGCGGCGACGCGUCCCCGAAGUUCUCGCUGCAGACGGACAAGGAGCGACAGGACACGGAGCGCCGGCUGUCACUGGCGUCGCGCUUCAAUGCCGUGUAUGAGGUCGAGUGGAAGGCGUCGUUCUCGGAACUGGCGACCACCAUGAACUGGAGUGACCUUGAGUGCAUCUACACACUCAUGAGGGUUAUACGGAACGCGUGUGACCUCUGUGUGCAGCUAGCCGAGGACCAGAUGGACAAAAUGCUGCUGUCCAUGGAGGACUCGGUACUAGAUCCACUGAACGGAACCGGCGGUAGAUUGAAACAGUUAUUUGAGCAGCAGAACUCCGAAGUAUACUCGGACGGAAUGAAGGUCGCGGAGAAGUACGCGCUGGAGUACCGGAAGGAGCGGGCGGAGGCGUCCGUGCCGGCGGUGAUAGAGCUGUUCAUGGAAACGAAAUUACGCGCAAUAAUCGAGCCGCAGUACAUGCGACGGGAGUUCAAAAAGUACCUGCUCAAAGUGAUCGAGCUGGUGUGGCUGAUGACCACUCUGGACCCCCCGGUGCGCCUUUACUGGCAGUCCCAGACCGAGCGCAUUAACGCAGACUUUUUUGAAUUCUACUUCCGGAAGGGGGACUUUGUGAACCAGACAGUGUGGCCGGCAGUAUUCUUGCACAAUACUGGACGGCUGUUGCACAAGGGACAGGUGCUGGCCAUGUGAAAGCUUGGUUAUACAUCUGUACUCGAAUAUCUCCUAUGCUAUGAAUAAAGUGUGAUAUCUUUUAAAACUGGUUCAGUGGACAUUGUGGACAAACCGGUUUGAACAUUAUAUCAUACAAAUUUGCAGCAACUACUUAUUAAAGUGAUCAAAAGAGUUUGUAUGUCUAACAGGGCCACAACAACGAAUAGUUUUGGGCAAUGCAAUGACAGGCACUGUGUAAUUUGGAAUAGUUACGAAUAUCAACUGUCAAAUAUAUAACCCUCUGAUCUCUAA